AUGGCUGCGAUCACUGAGAGACCCACUAAUGUCGUGGAAGAUGUUCAUGAGAUUAGUAUCGAUAUCGACGGCGAUAAGAUCACCGGCGACGGAACUGAGAAGGGGUCGAUCACGGGUUCUAAAACCGAAACCGAAUCCGAGCUCAAACCGGAAUCCGAGUUUGAUAUGAAGAAGCUUGUGGCCAUGUUCAAAAAGCUGAAUCCUUUGGCUAAGGAGUUUUUCCCUUCUUACCACAACCCGAAGAAGAGCAAUCAGAUUGGGAAAGGUAAUCAGUUUCUGUCGGCUGAUGAUUUUCCGACCACGAAGAAGCAGUUCGGUGAAGAAUUUGAUCUUGAUGGCAAGAAAGAUGACAAUACCCGGAAGAGAAGAAACAACUAUAGCCAAGGGAGGAGGAGGUUAACUGGUAGAAUUUCCAAGGCUCAAAGAGAGGAUAGCAUUAGAAGAACAGUUUAUGUUUCUGACAUUGACCAGAGUGUGACUGAGGAGGGUCUUGCUGGCUUGUUUAGUAACUGUGGACAAGUUUUUGAUUGUAGAAUUUGUGGGGAUCCACAUUCAGUGCUUCGUUUUGCGUUCGUUGAGUUUGCCGAUGACCAGGGGGCACGUGAAGCUUUAAGCCUUGGUGGGACAAUGCUCGGUUACUACCCGGUGAGGGUCUUACCCUCAAAAACUGCUAUUCUUCCAGUGAAUCCAACGUUUCUUCCCAGGUCAGAAGAUGAAAGGGAGAUGUGUACAAGGACAAUCUAUUGCACAAAUAUCGACAAGAAGGUUUCUCAAGCUGAUGUGAGAAACUUCUUUGAGUCGGCAUGUGGUGAGGUAACUCGCCUGAGGCUUCUUGGCGACCAAUUGCAUUCCACUCGCAUAGCUUUUGUUGAAUUUGCUCUGGCGGAUAGUGCACUUAGGGCAUUAAAUUGCAGCGGGAUGGUCGUUGGAUCCCAACCGAUAAGGGUAAGCCCGUCAAAGACACCAGUGAGGCCAAGAAUCACUCGACCACCAUCGUCAAACUAA